AUGGUCAAGCGAUCGUUAUCUUCAUCCCCUCCCUCUUCACCCGAACAAACCAAACCUUCUUCCUCAUCCUCAUCAAUCGACGAAGAACCUUCACCCAAGAAGUCACCCAGAAAAUCCAACACCAUCAGUAACAAUAAAGAAAGUUGGGACGCAGACAAAAAGAGGAUCGUAGUUGAGAUGAUAUUGGAAGCGGGAUUCAAGUCUGUAGAAUAUAAAUUGAUGAGUCAACGUACCGGUCUUACCACCAAACAACUUCGAGAUGCUCUCAAAUCUCGUCAUGACGGAGGUACCAACCUCAGAUCUCACCUCAUCAAGUCUGUCAUCCCGAAAUAG